CUGACGCGAUCAUACUUUGAAAAUGAUUAGCUUCCGGUUAUCAAAUUAUGAGUCAGUAUAAAUUGAAACAAAACAAAAUUUAAUUUCAAACUUCGCUGUUCCAUCGAUCCACGGUAGCGAUAAAAUACCAAGUGAGAUCAGAAGAGUAGAGAAACGUUACAUACAGAAAAAACAAAAAGAAUGACAACCACCAACCAGAGAGAACAUCGUACAACCACCCCUGGCGAUUGUUUCUCAACUUGUGUCUAUAUCAGCGUCCUUCUGCUGGGGAUAUUACUUCUUUUAGGUGGGAUAGCAUUGAUUACGGUGGCAUAUGUUGCGUUCGAGACAAGGAAUUCGGUGUUUUUCAUGUUGGGUGUUAUAUUGAUGAUCUCGGCGCUGGCUGUGAUAAUUGUCGCCUUCUACAUCCGAGUCCGCAUUAUUGGAGACAUGGAUGCGGAGAUGUAUGAUAACAAUCAGACGGAGGAUACCAUUCCACCUAUACACAACUACGCCCCGUCCGUCUCAUCCGUUCUUUCGAGAGCCUAUUCACCAGCUUGGACAACACAUGAAGGGCGGGUGAAUGGACAAGCCAGCCAAAAUACCCAACCCAUGAACACCAGCGACAAAAAUCCAUAUCAAACAACGGACAUUCGGACAGCUUGUCCCUUCUCUAGUCAGUUGCGUCUUGUCCAACACCAGAGACAACAAAAAUCAGACUAUGUCUACGAAAAUCCCGUCGCGUUAGCAGACGACUCAUCAUUUCAGUUGUCAAGCUCUGUGCCUGUGACAACAUUGGUAGAGAGACAACCUGUAUUGUCAUCUAUCCUUGAUAUAGAACAUCCCGGGACAUCACAAGACGCUGCGCAACCUGGUCCAUUCUCGAGCUCACCAACACAUAUUAGUCGUUUUGUUCAUCCUGCUGAUCUCCCGCCGGCUUAUUCAGAUCACUGGCAGCUUCCACUACGGCAAGAGUCCAUCACAAGUGCCAACGAUGAAAUACCUCCGUCCUAUGAAGAAUCGCUUCACAUUCCGGUUGAAAGAAACAUACUGACAUAAUCAUAUAAAACUUUACUGGAGGCCAAGGUCUGGAUGUGCAACCCCGAUGCUUUCAAACAGGGACAAACAACAUUGAAGACAUGGUCAUAUAAAAUUGUCAUCAGAUAGUCACAACAUUGGCGGAUACCUUUCCUCAUAUCAUCUUAAUUCAAAUACAGGCAUAUCUGCCAAGGAGGAGACUUUCGAAUUACAGUCUUCGUCUUCUUCAGAUGGACAUAUGAAACUUUGAAGAAGGAGCCAUGGUCAUUACGACUUCACACAGGGACAACUACUAUGAAGGAGAAGUCAUGGUCAUAUAAAAUUGUCUUCAGACAGACAUGCCAAAUAUGCCACGGUGGUCUUAACAGAGUGAACAAGGAUGGGAACUCACUAAGACAAACAACUAUGUAUCAACACAGACAUGACAAGGAUGGGAACUCACUAAGACAAACAACAAUCUGUCAGUGAUAUGUAUCAACACAGACAUGACAUCAUUGAAUGGUCCCAAGGGGUAGUGAUCAUAUAAAUUACAAGGACACAGAAUCAAUCUACAUAUUUAAUA